CCCCGCCCCCCGCCACGCGUUCCCGCCGCUCCGGCCCCAGACCCCCCGGAUCCCCCCAUGGCCGAGCCCAAGCCCCUUCCCCAGGAGCUCCUGUUCAACCCCGAGAGCGACCCCCGGGCGGGGCUGGGCAGGCUGUCCCCCCCCGGCUGGGUCCGGCAGCGCCUGGAGGAAAUUUGGGGAGGGGUCCGGCCCUGGGGGUCCUUCCUGGACCAGCGGCGCUUCGGGGUCCCCCGGGAUUUCGGGGAGCUCUGCCGGAGGCUGGGGCACAACGCGGAGAGAUUCCAGAGCAACUACCUGAUCCUGUUCCUGGGGCUGGUCCUGUACUGCCUGCUCACGUCCCCGCUGCUCUUGGUCGCUCUCGGGGUUUUUGUCGGGGCCGCGGUCGCCGUUCGGCUCCGGGCCAGGGAGGCGCCACUGGUGAUACUGGGCCGGGAGCUGGGCCCCGCCCACCAGUUGGGUGUGGCCGGGGGGGUUUCGCUGCCGCUGUUCUGGCUGGCGGGGGCGGGGGCUGCCGUCUUCUGGGUGCUGGGGGCUGCUCUGGUGUUUUUGGGGUCCCACGGCGCGUUUCGGCAACCGGAGCCCCCCGAGAGCCCCGAGCUGCAGAUGGAGCCUGUCUGACCCCCAAAAGAUCCCAAAAAUAUCCC